AUGCCCCAAAAUGUGCGCUGCGUAGUAAAAAGCGCCUCUAUCCUUGCAAAGUGUCGCCAAGCCAGCGCGCAUCAAACAUGGCGCGGUAAUCUUCGCACAUCGGCGUCCAGACCCAGCGGACGACGCACUCCAGUCUCACCACCUCAUCGCCUCUACAACACCAGCGCGCCGGCACCCGGCGGCUCGACGAGCCCGAGCAGCAGCAGCAGCAGCAGCAGCGUUGUGGAGCGCGCCGUCCGGCUGUCCAUGGCGCCGCUCAACGGCAGCGUCAAGAUGCAGUGCACGCGGUGCGACGCCGACGGCGCCGCCACGACGACGACGCUCAGCAAGGCCGAGGUGGCGAGCGAGUACGGCCUGAGCCCGCGGGACCUGCAGGUCGUCGACGUUCCCUCGCAGGGGUUCCCGCACAUCCUCGUGCGCGAGUCGACCAUCCUCGUGCACGUCUUUGACCUGCGGCUGCUGAUCCAGGCGGACCGCAUCCUGCUCCUGCACGUCGACGGGCUCGCCGACACGACCAUCUCGCAGGUCUUCACCUACGACCUGCAGAACAAGCUGCGGGGCGACGGCAGCCACGUGCUGCACAGGAAGCUCGGCGAGGCGUUUGAGCUGCGCGCGCUCGAGGCCGCGCUGGCGUCCGUCGCGGCGGGGCUCGAGGCGCUGUACCUCGGCGCGCGGCGCGACGUCGGCCUCGCGCUGCGGCGGCUCGACGAGCAAAUGGCCGGCAGGGAGGAGGAGUCGGUGCACACGGCGCUGCGGGAGCUGCUGGACAUGGCGCGCCGGCUGGCCGACAUUGAGCAGCGCGCGCGGCUGGUGCGCAACGCGCUGCAGGAGCUGCUGCGCGAGGACCAGGACAUGGCGGACCUGUACCUGACGGACAAGCGCGACGGGAGGCGGCACGCGGCCGCCGAGCACGAAGAGGUCGAGUACCUCUUCGAGGCCUACUUUCGCGCGCACGACGCCGUGGUGCACGAGGCGGCGGCGCUCAUGGCGAACGUGCACCGCACCGACGACACGAUCCGGUCGAUCCUGGCGAACCGCAGGAACCAAAUCAUGAUUCUGGAGACAAAGGUCGAAAUCGCCAUGCUGGCCAUGGCCACGGCGACGCUGGUGGCGGGGUGGUAUGGUAUGAACACGGUCAAUUUCCUCGAGCAGAGCGAGUAUGCGUUUGCGGUGAUUGUGUCGGGCUCGGUGCUGGGCGGUGGCAUGAUUUGGAUGUUUUUGCUAAGGAGGCUGCGUAAUAUUAGACGAAAGAAGUUUUAG